UGGACUGUGUUGCACUGAGGUCCAGUUCACUUUGCUGCAUCAGUAUAUCUGUUCGUUCUGCUGCCUUGUCUGCGUUAAACAAAGAACUUCUCUGCCUGGGCUGCACUUGAUAGCUGUAGACGCUAGGGGGCAGCAGUGUGCUUGAGGUCUGCUGCAGAACUUAAGGAAAAUACACCCUCCGACCACAGAGUGGGUUGUAACGGCAAAGUGGCGCUGUCGUCAUUUCUGCACGUUGACUCCACGGGAACAAAGCUACCGAAGAAGAAACGUCGACCCGGAACUCGUUUACGCUCCGUCUGUUCGCGCCUCAGUAAAUCGAUGGUUCGCUCCGAGCCUCGAGGUGCAGAAGAGGAGCAACAUGUUCGCCGCGCAGCUGCUGCGAGUGUCGGUACAUGAGCGGAUCAGCGCCGCCGCCGAAGACUUUUUGCUGCAGGCGGAGGAAGGAGAAGAAGCGGCUCGAGUCCCGGCGCUGAGAGCGCUGCUCACCGAGCGGCUAACGGCGGCGGCGGAGGAGAUCGUCGGUCUGUUGGAGGAAACCGUGGCGGAGUACGAAGACCGAGUGGAGCGGUCCGAGCGGGAGAUCUGCCGCCAGAGGAGGCUGCUCGACGCCGUGUUGAAGCCCGAAGUCAGGCUGCACCGAGCGGAAGUCCAGCAACUGUCUUCGAUUAAAGAAGAGUUUCCCCCCCAGCAGCAGCAGUGGGGCCCCAGUGUGAAGCAUCAGGAGGAGCAAGAGCCCCCCCACAUAAAAGAGAAACAGGAAGAGCCAGAGCCCCCCCACAUUAAAGAGGAGAAGGAGGAACUGUGGAGCAGUCAGAAGGGAGAGCAGCUUCAAGGGCUGGGGGAGGCUGAGGUCACCAAGUUCACAGUGACUUCUGUUACUAUGAAGAGUGAAGAAGAUGAAGGGAAACCUCAGUCCUCACAGCUUCUUCAGAGUCUGAUUGAGGAGAACAGAGAGGACUGUGAAGGACCAGAACCAGGUGGUUUGACAAGUAUCACUGUCAAGAAACCAUUCAACUGCUCCGAGUGUGGUAAAAUGUUUAGGUAUAAGUCAUACCUACUGGCACAUGUGAGGAUUCAUACAGGAGAGAAACCACAUAGUUGCUCUGAGUGUGGUAAAAGAUUUGGGCAAAAGUCAAGCCUGGUGGUACAUAUGAGGAAGCACACAGGAGAGAAACCACAUAGUUGCUCUGAGUGUGGUACAAGAUUUGGGCAAAACUCUAGCCUGGUGGUACAUAUGAGGAUUCAUACAGGAGAGAAACCACAUUGUUGCUCUGUGUGUGGACAAAGAUUUAGGCAUAAGUCACACCUGGUGGGUCAUAUGAGGAUUCACACAGGAGAGCAGCCAUAUAGUUGCUCUGAAUGUGGUAAAAAAUUUGGGCAAAAGUCACGCCUGGUGGUACAUAUGAGGAUUCAUACAGGAGAGACACCACAUUGUUGCUCUGUGUGCAGACAAGUAUUUGGGCAUGAGUCAAUCCUGCUGAGCCAUAUGACGAGUCAUACAGGAGAGAAACCAUAUAGGUGCUCUGAGUGUGGACACAGAUUCUCGAGUAAGUCAAUCCUGCUGUGUCAUAUGAGGAUUCAUACAGGAGAAAAGGCAUUUCGUUGUCGUGAGUGUGGUAUUAGAUUUAACGAAAAGUCUGCUCUGCAAAAUCAUUUGAGAGAUCAUACAGAAGAUAAACCAUAUGGUUGCUGUGAGUGUGGAAAAAGAUUUAAGAAAAAGUCACAAACACUUAAACAUGAGAUGAUUCAUACAGGAGAGAAACCAUAUAGUUGCUCUGAGUGUGGACAAAGAUUUAGGCUUAAGUCAAAUCUGGUGAAACACAUGAGGAUUCAUACAGGAGAGAAACCAUAUAGUUGCUCUGAGUGUGGACACAGAUUCUCGCGUGAGUCAAUCCUGCGGUGUCAUAUGAGGAUUCAUACAGGAGAGAAACCAUAUAGUUGCUCUGAGUGUGGACAAGGAUUUGUGCAUAAGUCAAGCCUGCUGGGUCAUAUGAGGAUGCAUACAGGAGAGAAACCAUAUAGUUGCUCUGAGUGUGGACACAGAUUUGGGCGUAAGUCAAUCCUGCUGGGUCAUAUGAGGAUUCAUACUGGAGAGAAACCACAUUGUUGCUCUGAGUGUGGUAAAAGAUUUGGGCAAAAGUCAAGCCUGGUGGUACAUAUGAGGAUUCAUACAGGAGAGAAACCACAUAGUUGCUCUGUGUGUGGUAAAAGAUUUGGGCAAAAGUCAAGCCUGGUGGGUCAUAUGAGGAUUCAUACAUGAGAUAAUCCAUAUAGUUGUUCUGCUUGUGGACAAGUAUUUGGGCAUUUGUCACGCCUGGUGAAACAUAUGGUGAGUCAUACAGGAGAGCAGCCAUAUAGUUGCUCCGAGUGCAGUAAAAGAUUUACCCGACGCAGUUGUCUGAAGCGACAUA